AUGGAACGUCAAGCUCAAUCAAAUCUCCCACCAUCGUGUCCUAUCGCCUGGCCUCAAGUCUCGGCCCUGCAGUACGCCAACUUGAAUAGCAACGACUCAUUCCCAAAGUUCAUCAACCUCCCAAAGGAAUCUAGCGACGACUUCAGAUAUUAUGAUCAGAUCAAGAACUUGCCUCCUACCCCGCGAAAGCACUGGUGCCUUCUGUUCGAGCUGGAGAUGGCGAUCUUUAGUGACCGGCUCGUUCUUAAAGGCCACGAUUCUACUGGUUACUGUUUCCAUGUGGAUUUCUACACAGACGAUGCGGGAACAGCGUUCUUGAAAAGAAAUGAUGUGGCACUGGGAGAUACUCUUGCCAUCAUGUAUGCCGUUCGAAGGGGGUCCCGUAUUGCCAUCGAGGAUGACAAGAUGAUUAAGGCGAUUCCAACCACCCUAGAGAACCUCUUCAGACUCAACGACGACAUACAGACCUGGCCCCGGGAGUUUGCGGAGCAUCCCUUCUGCCAUACAUGCAAGACCGAGCACAGACGGCUGGAGUACAGGAGUGUCAAGCGUUCGACCUUCGACAGGGAAAACAUCGCUACGAUUGUGGCAUUCUACAGGAUCACGAUUUUCGGGAACUCAUGUCGAUGA